AUGAAAGGCGAUACGGUCGCGUUAGUGGUCUGUGCUGUAGGCUUUGACCCAGAAAAUCCCAUAACCACCGUACAACGUGCAACAUUUACCACAGAUUAUAAACAAGAAUCCAAGGUGUCGGCGGCUGUGAUGAUGGCGCCUAGUGUAUUUCAGAGAACCAAAUCACCUAGAUCUUCUCCAGGGAAUUUACCACGAAAACUACAGAACGGAACUGGGAGCAACCAAGCGGAGAAUACAGCUGACUCGAGUCCUGGCAAUUCAAUAUCGGACGCUGAAAACUUCGAGUGUUACGGCGAGGCUGACGGCGACGCGUCUAACAAUACAGUAGAAAAUGGAUCUCGGAGUCCUGGAAAUCCACUGAAUCGACAUUCCUGGACAAGGACUAGCUUACGACGGACACCCCCCAGCCAUCAAGAAAAUCUCCCUAAUCGUCGAUGGGGCUCCAUGAGACAUUCGGGAAAACGGCAAAUUGGCUCCAAUGUCUUAGCCAGCCAAUUGUACCGGUCGUCGUCCUUCAACUCAUCCGGCUGCGGGUCGGGGGGUGAACCAGCUGACGACAUGUACUCAGAUGUUUCACUGGAGGAAGACGUGCAGGGUCUUAACUAUAAGAUUUAUCCCACCGUUGCACAAGUCUCCUCUCUUAGAGCAAACCAGGCAGUUCUACUAUGGAUUGGCGGAGUUAAAGAUAGUGGUCUGACUGCAUAA